AAAAGUUUGACAGUGAGCCUCCCGGUUGUAGUUUUCUAUUACAGAGUCACCUGAGAAGUACUUUAAGUAGGCUAUGAAUGGAUCAUUCAGUCUGUGGCAGGAGCCCGUGCCCGACCCGUCCUUCCUGCAGCAAUACAGCGAGUGGCUGGCAUGCAGGCAUGAAGCCAGUCUGCACCCGAUGAAGGAGGACCUCGCUGUCUGGCUCAAUGCAGUCCUAGGGCUGGAUGUAACAGCUGCAAGCCUAAUGGAUGCGCUGCAGACCGGCACAGUGCUCUGUCAGCUGGCUGAGAAGCUGCAGGAGAGGAUGAUUCUGGCCAGCAACAGCAAGCCGUUUAUCCGGCGUGUGAUUCGCUGGCGAGCUGACGCUGCACCCGGUUCCUUUCUUGCCCGGGACAACACAGCCAACUUCCUGUACUGGUGCCGUAAAAUUGGGAUGCGGGAAUCCUAUCUCUUUGAAUCAGAAGACUUGGUUCUCCAGAAGCAUCCGCGGGAUGUGUGUCUGUGUCUCAUGCAGCUUGGGAGAAUCGCAUCAAAGUACGGAGUAGAUCCCCCAGCGUUGGUGAAACUGGCGAGGGAGACUGAGAAAGACGAAGAGGAGCCCUUAUCUCCAUCCCCGUUCUUCACCUCACCCUUUCCCUCUCCCUCCUCUCCUCCCCUUUUCCUUCUUCCUGCCGCAACACCUCCUCUUCAUUCCUCUCCCUCUCCCCUCCCUGCCGCUGUCUCUCCCCCCACCCUAGCCGCGUCCCCAACGGAGACCCCCUCCCCGGAUCUCAGCCCCUGCCUCGAUCCAUCCCUAAUCCUUCCUCCAGACCCUGGUACUCUUUCUCCCUCUGCCUCCCUUGCUCCGGUCACCCAGCCCAAGUUUGAGCCCCCCUCAGUCAGCCCCCCCCCACCCGUUAAACCCCCUGCCCCCGCACCCGACUCCUCACGUCGCCUCAGUAACCCCAGUGGGAAGAAAAGCUUGGAAAACCUGCUGGAUGACUUUGUGAAGCAGAUUUCAGAAGACCCACCAUGCAGAUGUAUGGCCAGGUUCUGUGUUGAGAAGCAGCCUAAGGGUCGCUAUCGCGUGGGGGAUAAGGUGCUCUAUGUGAGGAUGCUGAAUGACAAGGAUGUCAUGGUGCGCGUCGGAGGUGGCUGGGAAGCAUUUGGCACCUACCUACUGAAGCAUGACCCCUGCAGGAUGGCUCUGCUCCCUCGGCCAGGACCCAGGUCAUGCAGGCGCCAUGGCAGGUCGGCCAAUCCCAAAGAGCAUUCACGGGACAGUUACCUGGUGGUGGGCACACCUUCCCACCUCACUGAACAGAUCUCCUAGCAGCCUCGAGUAGUGAAAUUGACGACAGAUGUCAGGACCAGCGAUGUGUCAUGUGGUGUUUGGAAUGCGUGCACUGUUGGCUCUGUUAUAUUGUUGCGUGGGUUGGGAAUGUA